AUGUGCAUGACUAUCAAUCAUGGUGAGCAUCAGAACAAUGUGAACUGUUCUCCAAAAACUAAGCGGCUACUGGAAGUAGACUCAACAUGGCGAGCCAAACUAACUGCUGCCGCAAUGGACGACUGCGGAGAAGCAGUCCUUCAAGAGAUUUCCGAAUUUGCUACGGAAAUGGAGGAACACCUGGAGGAACAUACUUUACAACCCUUGGAAGUUUUGUGUGAUGUUAGCAACGAAGUUGCGGAUGAACCAGCAUACAAGAAAAGGAGACGACCGAAGGUUGACAUUACCUGGGAUGAGCAGAAUAUAGCUAACCUCAUAUCAGUCCUCGAGUGCCACGAAUGUUUGUGGAACGCUGGCAAUGUAUUCUACAAAAAUCGGGCUAAGCGAGAUGCUGCGUGGCAAGAGAUUGCUGAAAACGUGUUUCACCAAAAAUAUGAUACUGCACAACUGAACGCAAAGUGGACGAAUCUCCGGAUACAAUUUAAGUCUUACCAUUCAAAGGUUAAAAAAGGAGGCAAAUCAGGCCAAGCUGCCCUGCCGAAAACUUAUUGGAAACAUUACGGACAGAUGCUUUUCGUGUCGGCUGCCGAAGAGAAUUAUACACAGGAAACGGAAUCGAAUCUGGAUACGUAUCUCGAAAAUAUUUCCGACCAGCAGAUCACACCCAAGACACUAAAAAAAGCGAAUUACACAAACCACCUCAAGCGAGGAAACGAGAUCAGUAGCACUGGCUGGAAUGACGGCCGCACUAGACGAAAUGGCAAGUGUGGACAGUUUCCAAACAUUUGGGAACUUUGUUGCAGAAGAAUUGAGAAAAAUUUUCUAACGAAAAGGACGCAAACAAGGUUCAACGAAAGCUAA